CCGCACGCAGCUGCACGAACAAAACGCAGAAAAUACAUUUUCUGCGCCGAGUCUGCCCCUUUCCCUCUCACUCACAGCGCUGCUUCUGCUUCGGUCUCUUCCUCUUCCUACUGCCUAGUCUACAACAAGAACAAGGGUGAGGUCCAUAAUUGACAUUGCACAAAUGACGAACAAAACAUCCAAAAUCGGACAAGAUUUGUUGGUGAAUAUUCUGUCAACUCUGCCUCCGAAAUCUCUGAUGCGAUUCAAGUGCGUCGCUAAAUGGUGGCAUGCUCUCAUCAACGACCCCAGGUUCGUCGACAAGCACCUCUCCCAUUCCUUGCUGGACGAUCAGUCCACUCGUGUCCUUCUGAAGCGAAUGUUAGUCCCUUCUACGGAGGACCCAAAUGGGGACAAAUUUCAAUCCGUAUUCUCAGUACUUACUUUUGACAAUGUCAUUGUUGAUGAUGACGAUGGUGGUGUGCACAAGUGUAGCACUCUUUCUGGGAUCGAGGACGUCAAUAUUCCUCUUUCUAUGAGUCUGGAGAUUGGAGAUGAUCAAUCAUUUCAUGUUAUAGGUCAUUGUGAUGGGAUCAUUUGUCUAGCUCGUCCUAAUUCUACUAAGGUGCUUUUGUGGAAUCCGGCAAUUCAGGAAUUCAGGGUCCUUCCCUCGGAGACAUACAGUCCAGAUUGGUUCGACGAAGCAUCCUUUAGGGAUCCUCAUCCUUGGUGGUUGGAUAUGCCUUACAUGCCACUAACAAAUCGGUUCAACGAUGUUUUGGGAUUAGGCUAUGAUCCUAAAUCUAAAGAUUACAAAGUUGUCAAAAUUGGAUUUUCUGGUUCAGAAUUGCAUGGCGGCACAGAACAUUUGAUUAUUCAUCCUCCCAAGGUAGUAGUGUAUACCCUAGGAACUAAUUCUUGGAGGGAGAUCGAGCCUUAUUCUUUAGAAACGGAAACUACUUUCCUUUGGCCUGAAACUUUUCAGGUGUACUUCAAGGGGAUGUGUUAUUGGAUAGGAAGUGAGCAACAAAAGGAAUUUGCCGAUAGCUAUGAUGUCACCUAUCCCGAGCAAGAAAAAAAUUAGGCGAGUGAUCGUUUGGUUUGACAUGAGUCGUGAGGUGUUUCAUGACAUACUGUUACCACAUGAGAUGGUAGAGUUCAACAAUUUCGAAGGAUUUGGUAUUGAAAUGCGUCUUAAGGUGUGGAAUGAAUCCAUCGCUCUCUUUCGCUUGAAUUGUAAUACCUUUGAAGAUGGUGAUACACCACCCUUUGAAAUGUGGCUAAUGGAUGAUGAUUCUGGUGGUGGUCCGAAAAAUGCGGGUGGUGUUUGGACAAAACACUUUGCUGCCAAGAUCCCAUCAUUCUCAAGGUCCCUCUUGCCCCUGUACUCCACAUUGGCAAUGUGGAAAAGCGACGAGGUUCUUACAGUAGAGGGAAAUGGAGGCUUGCCAAUGUGGAAAAGCGAAGAGGUUCUUACAGUAGAGGAAAAUGGAGGCAUAGUCUGCUAUAACUUCCGUACUAAGAAGCUUAAAAAUCUUCCCAUUCAAAGUGCUGUAAGGAUCAAUCCCAUUUUUCCUCCGCAACCGUAUUAUUUGCCACUGUGCAAAGCAAAUCAUUCGCCCGUUGUAUAUGUGAAGAGUAUGGUUUCGGUCACGGAAGGCAACAACAAGUACAUGUGUACGUAGAUAUCGAAAGUAAUGAAAUCCUUUUGUUGUUCAAAUUAUGGAUGUCUUUAAGAAA